AUGGCUAAGCUUCGGAGGCUUCGUGGGGUCCUUAAAUCCUGGAAUAAGGAGGUUUUUGGUAAUGUGGAUGUGGCCAUACGUGAGUUGGGGGAUAACCUUGCUACGGUUCAGAAGAAUAUAGCCAAUUCGGGUUAUAAUGAUGAGUUAUUUAAUGAGGAGAUAAAUGCUCAAGCUAAGUUGAAUAUCAUACUUGCUCGUAAGGAUGAUUUCUUAAAACAAAAAAGUAGGAUUACGUGGCUGCAUGACGGCGACCGGAAUUCUUCCUUUUUUCACAAUAUGAUUAAGUUCAGGAAGCAUCGCCUGAAUAUUGGUCAUCUGAUGAUUGAUGGCAUUGUGUCGACGGACUCGGGGAGUAUUGAGAGACAUAUUAUUGACUACUUUUCUAACCUCUUCACGGAGACGAAAAAUCGCUGGGUUGAAACGGUGGAGCUUGAGGCUAUCAUUGAUCAUUCGAUUUUCGAUGCUCAAAAUGACUCGUUAAUUUGUCUUCCUGAUGAGAUUGAAAUUUCAGCUGCGGUGCAUGGUAUGGAUUCUUCGAGCGCCCCGGGACCAGAUGGUUUCACGGGGGCUUUUUUCCGCUCUUCUUGGCAGAUUGUGAAGGGGGAUAUCGUAACGGCGGUACGUACUUUUUUUUGGAAAUCUUACCUGCCGAAUGGAUGCAACGCCAGUACUUUAAUUCUUAUUCCCAAAAUAGAAGAGGUUGUCACGGUUGCUGAUCUUCGACCGAUCAUCUUGUCGAAUUUAUUUUUCAAAAUUAUUUCCAAAAUUCUGGCUUCGAGGCUGAGUAAGGUGGCUGCUGGCUGUGUCUUGAAUAAUCAGUUUGGUUUCAUUGCUGGGCGUUCGAUUCAUGAUUGUAUUUUGUUGGGUUCGGAGGGGUUCAAUUUUAUGAAAAGGGUUAACAAUGGAUCUAACAUGGCGUGUAAAAUUGAUAUUCGAAAAGCGUUUGAUACUAUGAGCUGGAGUUUCAUUCUUCAGGCCCUUCGAGUUUUCGGCUUCCAUGAGAAAUUUGUUAAUUGGAUUUCGGUUAUCUUUCACACGGCUAGAAUUUCGAUUUUAUAUAACGGCCAAUUAAGAGGUUAUUUUAGCUGUUCUCGUGGAGUUAGACAAGGUGACCCUCUUUCCCCAAUUUUAUUUGGGAUUGUCGAGGACGUUUUAAGCCAUCUUAUCAUGAAUUGUGUGAGUUCUGGUCAUUUAGUUCCGAUGGGGUUUAGUCGUGCUGCUAACUUUCCUACCCAUCUUCUGUACGCGGAUGAUAUUCUCAUUUUCUACAAGGCGUCGGUUCGUAACGCAAGGAAAAUUAAGGAGAUUUUACAUUACUAUGGUGGAAUCUCUGGGCAGAUUUGUAGCAAUGAGAAGUCGAGCUUGUUUCUUGGAGACGGUGUUGCUCGACGUAUGGGAGGAUUGAUUCAGCGGGAGUUACAGUUUGCUCGUGGUUCUCUCCCUGUUACUUAUCUCGGUGCUCCUUUGUUUGUGGGAAGACCGAAAGCUAGUCAUUUUAUGAGUAUAAAAGAUAAGAUUGUCAACAAAUUUGACAACUGGCAGGGACGUCAAUUAUCAAUGGCGGGGCGGUUGUGCCUUGUGAAAUCUGUCAUUCAGAGUUCGAUAAUCCAUUCUAUGAUGGUCUUCCGUUGGCCAAAAUCUCUCCUUUUGGAUUUGGAUAAAAAAUGCAGAAAUUUCAUCUGGACGGGACGUGUGGAUAAAAAUGGUACUUGUACGAUGAAUUGGAGUCGUUGCUGUGCGUUAAAAGAGGAGGGCGGUUUGGGUAUUCGUGCAUUUGCUACGAUGAAUAAAUCUUUUCUCAUGAAGAUGGCUUGGAAAGUAAUAAAAGGCCAAGAUUGGGCGCAUAAGAUUAUGCGCACCAGGUAUUUAGAUGGGUUUGGUAAUGCGAAACCUAAUAUUGCGACGUCAUCGGUCUGGCUUGGGCUGAGGCAGGAGGUUCCUAGCCUUGUCAGGGACUCUUAUUCUUACCUUGGAAGUGGCGACUCCACGUAUUUUUGGACGGAUAAUUGGCUGGGCUAUAAACUUGUUGAUAGGCUUGGAGUCCCUCACUACAUGCAUGAUCUGCUUAAGUUCUCGGUAGCUGACUAUUUCUACAAUGGCAUUUGGCACUUUGCUGCUAGUUUUGUUGAGCGCUACCCGGAUAUUGUUCAUGAUAUUUGUACUCUCCCCAUUGGGAGGGAGGGAGACAUGAGAUACUGGAAACAUUCGCUGAAAGGGGAGGUUUCCGCCUCUCUGGCUUUUCGAGAGCAUUGCCAUAACUUCCCGAAGGUCUCUUGGGGACGUUGGCUGUGGGAGAAAUAUAUUCCAGUUAGAAGAUCUAUUACUUGUUGGAGAGUUAUUCAUCGGCGUCUUCCGUCUCUCGAUAAUCUUAUUCGGCGUGGCUUAAUCACGCCUAACUUUUGCUCUAUUUGUAGGCAGGAUGCUGAGUCGAUUGAUCAUAUUUUUUGGGUUUGCGGUCGGGUGAAGGAGGUGUGGAGUUCCUUUCUUGCUUGGUUUGGAGUGGAGUAUCUUUCUGAAUGUGUGGAUCUUCAUUCUUUUUUGGUGGAAGCUUGGAACCUGAACUUUAGUCCACAAAUCACUAGCUUCUGGAAAGCGGGGAUCGUGACGUUGGUUUGGAAAAUCUGGCAUGACCUAAACAAGAUUGUGUUUGAUAAUGCUGGUUUUCAUGGACCUGGUGUUCUGAAAUUCAUUAAGGUUUAUUUCAAAGAAAUGGAAGCUAACUUCACCCGGCUCGGUCAUGUUUCUAGUGCAUGGCAAGAUUAUGUUAUUACUCGUGCCAUUGGAGUUCAAUCUCGAAUUGCCCCACCUCCGGAGAUGGUGAACGUUUACUGGUGGCCUCCCUUUGGGGAUUGGAUGAAGGUGAAUACCGAUGGGUCUGCUCUUGGAGCUCCUAGUUUGAUUUCUGCAGGAGGCGUUUUUCGCGACAGUUGGGGACAGAUUCGCGGUUGUUUCCAUGAGAAAGGUGGGCAGGGUUUCGCUUUUGAGGCUGAGCUGCUUGCGGUUAUUACGGCGAUAUCCAUUGCGCAUGAGCAAGGUUGGUUGAAGUUGUGGAUUGAAGUCGACUCAUCUUAUGUGGUUAAUUUGCUCGAUAGAAAAUCAGAGGACGUGCCUUGGCGUUUUGUGGCUCAUUGGAAGCGCACUCUCCAGUUGCUUUCUACCUUUCAGUUGCAAGUUACUCACAUAUUCCGGGAGGGUAAUGUGGUGGCGGAUAUAAUGGAAAAUCAUAAUAGGGAAGAAGGGUGGUGGCCCUUUGGUAUUGAAGAGAUCAAGAAUGCUUCGGCUAGGGACAUGGCUUGUCACAACUACGUCCGCAUCAAGUAG